GUGACUAAAAUGCCAGUAAUUACAGAAGUGAGACCCUCCCACAACGACCAGUUCUGCAGUACAUGGGGAAACUACCAUUUUAAGACUUUCGAUGGAGAUUUCUUCCAGCUUCCUUACACUUGCAACUACAUCCUCACAUCCCAGUGUAAGGACAGCUAUGAGAACUUCAAUAUUCAGCUCCAGCGACAGGAGAUAAACGGGGUCAUCACCAUUAAGAAGCUCACAAUGAAACUCGACGGGGUUGUUGUGGAGUUGGCCAAUGCUUCCAUUAUAGUCAAUGAUAAACCUGUCUCUAUACCAUUCAGUCGGGCCGGCAUUUCAAUCAGAAAAUCUGUCUCAUAUGUCAAAAUCAAGGCAAAGCUGGGUUUGGUCGUCAUGUGGAAUCAAAAGGAUGCCCUCUGGGUGGAGCUGGAUGCAAAAUUUAAGAAUCAGACAUGUGGCCUGUGUGGUGACUUCAACGGAGUUCAGCUUUAUGAUGAGUUCAUUAAAAGAGAUACAGGGGAUUCUGUUACUGCUGAAGAUUAUGGGGAGGACUGGAAACUCAAUGGUCCCACUGAAGACUGUAAAGAAAUUUCCUCUACAGCUACACCAAGCUGUGAAAAUCAGACAGACCUCUGUAAGAACCUGCUGUCAGGACCUGCAUUCCUCAGCUGUCAAAACCUGAUUGAUACUGACUCCUUUAUCAAAGCCUGUGUGCAGGACCUGUGCAAAUGUAACAGUAACAGCACUUCAUGCUUAUGUUCAACCAUCUCAGAGUACUCCCGCCAGUGCGCUCAUACAGGCGGGAACCCACAGCAAUGGAAGACUGCACAACUAUGUGCAAGAACAUGCCCAUUCAACAUGGAGUAUAGAGAGUGUGGUAGUCCCUGUACUGACACCUGUACUGACCUCCAGAGAAGCCAAGUGUGUGAGGAGCACUGCAUAGAUGGAUGCUUCUGUCCACCUGGGACUGUCUUUGACGAUAUUUCACAAAAUGGGUGUAUUGCUGCUGACCAGUGCUCCUGCUUACACAAUGGCAACACAUACAAACCAGGGGAAUCAUACUCAACAACAUGUCGUAGCUGUACCUGCACUCAGGGUGAGUGGAUAUGUAAGGAUCUUGACUGUCCUGGUAUCUGCUCCAUACUGGGUGGAUCACACAUCUCAACCUAUGAUGACAAAACAUACACUUUCCAUGGAGACUGCUCUUAUCUUCUCUCCAAGGUAAUGAAUGGAACUUUCAUAGUCCUUGGUGACCUGGUCAAAUGUGAGAAAUCAGAUAAAUCAACUUGCCUGUCUGCAGUCACUCUACUACUGGCAAAAGAAAAGAUGAUUGUAAUUAAAGCCAACGGACAGGUCUUCCUUAACAAACAGAUCUCUCAACUGCCUCUUUUCAUGGAUGACAUUACAGCCUUCAGCCCAUCGACAUUCUUCAUUGUAAUCCACACCACCUAUGGACUUGAUCUUGAGAUUCAACUCACACCCAUUAUGCAGGUUUACAUCAAAGCCAGUGUGUCCAAUAAGGGAGAACUCAGUGGCCUUUGUGGAGAUUUUAAUGAUGUUGAAGCCGAUGACUUCAGAACCACAAAUGGAUUGAUUGAGGGAACAGCUGGGACAUUUGCCAACACAUGGAAGACCAAACCAAGCUGCCCUGAUGUGACACCUAAACUAGGCGACCCCUGCACUUUGAGCGUAGCCAAAGAGAAAUUUGCCAAAAACUGGUGCUCCUUGCUGUCAGACCCAAGAGGGAUUUUUGCCAACUGCCAUUCUGAAAUAGACCCAGAAACAUAUGAAGCUUCUUGUAUUUAUGAUACUUGCGCCUGUGAAAACAGUGAGAUGUGCAUGUGUGCUGCCAUAUCCUCCUAUGUCCAUGCAUGUGCUGCUGAAGGUAUCUUACUGAAUGGAUGGAGGGACACCGUGUGCAAGAAAUACACAACUGACUGCCCGUCUACUUUGGUGUAUGACUACCAGAUGGAAAGCUGUGGUCGCACCUGUCGCUCUCUCAGUCAGUCAGACUCAACAUGUGAGGUUAAAUUUACACCACUUGAUGGUUGCGGCUGUGCUGAAGGAACUUAUCUAAAUGAAAAGGGAGGGUGUGUGUCAGCCCCACAAUGCUCCUGUCAAGUGGGAGAGACAGUGAUGCAGCCUGGGCAGGUCAUCAAGGCCCAUGGACAAACUUGCUCCUGCCAUGCUGGAAAAUUAAGCUGUAAAGGAGGCCAUAUGAAUGAAUCAUGCACCGAUCCAAUGGUUUUCUUCAACUGCUCCAGUGCAAAGCCAGGUGACAAGGGAUCAGAGUGCCAAAACAGCUGCCAGACUCUGGACACAGAAUGUGUCAGUACAGAGUGUAUCUCUGGCUGUGUAUGUCCUGCUGGCUUGGUGUCAGAUGGUAAAGGAGGCUGUGUUGAGGAGGAGGACUGUCCCUGCCCAUAUAAUGGACAAUACUAUAAUGCUGGGCAGACUGUCAAGGUGGACUGCAAUACCUGCACUUGCAAAAACAGAAACUGGAUUUGCACAGAUCAUGAAUGUGAUGGAACCUGUACCAUAUAUGGAGAAGGGCAUUACAUCACUUUUGAUGACAAGAGAUUUUCCUUUAAUGGAGACUGUGGUUACGUCUUCACUCAGGAUUACUGUGGGGACAAUAACUCUGGCACCUUUAGGGUCCUGACUGAGAGCAUCCCAUGUGGAACAACUGAAAGCAUCUGCUCCACUGCUAUCAAGCUCUACUUGGGGAACAAAGAAUUUGUUCUUUCAGAAGAAAAUGUCAGAGUUAUUCAGCAAAACAAUGGGGAAGACAUACCUUAUCACAUCAACCUAGUGGGUAUAUAUCUUGUCAUUGAGGCAAAGAAUGGUCUUGUUCUCAUCUGGAAUAAGAAGACAACACUGAUGAUUAAACUCAGCUCCACAUUCAAGGGCAGAGUCUGUGGUCUGUGUGGGAAUUAUGAUGGGAAUAUCAAGAAUGAUUUCACCACCAGAAACAAAGAAGUUGUGGUUGAUGCCCUUGUGUUUGGAAACAGUUGGAAAGUUUCACCAACGUGCCCUAAUGCAAACUCAUUUAAAAAUCCCUGCAGUCUGUACUCACACAGGCAGGCAUGGGCAAUAAAACACUGCAGCAUUAUCAACAGUGAAGUGUUUUCUAUUUGCCAUUCAAAGGUGGAUCCCCAAAACUAUUAUGAUGCCUGUGUGAGAGACACAUGUGCCUGCAAUACAGGGGGAGAUUGUGAGUGUUUCUGCUCAGCUGUAGCAGCCUAUGCAGCAGCCUGUGAUAAGGCAGGAGCCUGUGUGAGAUGGAGGACUCCCACAAUUUGCCCUGUGUUUUGUGAUUUUUAUAACCCUGAUGGAGAGUGUGAAUGGCACUACGAGCCUUGUGGAAAACCAUGCAUGAAAACAUGCAGGAAUCCCUCAGGAAUAUGCUACAACAAAAUUCCACCAUUAGAAGGCUGCUAUCCAAGAUGUCCCCCUGAAAGACCUUAUUUGGAAGAAGUUACCAUGAAGUGUGUAUCAAAGGAGGAAUGUGUCCCCCCAUCAACAACAACCACCACCACCACCACCACCACAACAACAACCACAGAAACCCCCACUACCACCACAACAGCAACAACAACAACUGAAAAUCCCACAACAACCACAAAAAUGCUCCCCACCACCACCACAACAACAACCACAGAAACCCCCACUACCACCACAACAGCAACAACAACAACUGAAAAUCCCACAACAACCACAAAAAUGCUCCCCACCACCACCACCACCACAACAACAACCACAGAAACCCCCACUACCACCACAACAGCAACAACAACAGAAACCCCCACCACCACCACAACAACAACCACAGAAACCCCCACUACCACCACAGAGACACCCACCACCAUAACAACAACAGAAACUCCCACUACCACCACAACACCUGCUGGCUGUUUUAUUUGUCAGUGGUCAAACUGGACGAGCAAUAAUUACCCUGACGCUAACCAAGAAGGUGGAGAUUAUGAGACCAUAGACAAAAUUACUGAUCCAGAUCUAAAUACUUGCACUGGAUCUCUGAAAAUAGAAUGUAGAGCAAAACAAUACAAAGAUAUACCAUUCGAUGAACUAGAAGAAAAAGCGACAUGCAACACAACACAUGGACUGAUCUGUCAUAACAAAGAACAAGAUACAUUUAGAUGUUCGAACUAUGAAAUACGAGCUGCGUGUUGCAUUAACAUUUGUACUACCACUACAACCCCUGAAACCACCACCACCACCACAACAACAACCACAGAAACCCCCACUACCACCACAACAGCAACAACAACAACAACAGAAACCCCCACUACCACCACAACAGCAACAACAACAACAACAGAAACCCCCACUACCACCACAACAGCAACAACAACAACAACAACAACAGAAACCCCCACUACCACCACAACAGCAACAACAACAACUGAAAAUCCCACAACAACCACAAAAAUGCUCCCCACCACCACCACCACAACAACAACCACAGAAACCCCCACUACCACCACAACAGCAACAACCACAACAACAGAAACCCCCACUACCACCACAACAGCAACAACAACAACUGAAAAUCCCACAACAACCACAAAAAUGCUCCCCACCACCACCACCACAACAACAACCACAGAAACCCCCACUACCACCACAACAGCAACAACAACAGAAACCCCCACCACCACCACAACAGCAACAACAACAGAAACCCCCACCACCACCACAACAGCAACAACAACAGAAACCCCCACCACCACCACAACAACAACCACAGAAACCCCCACUACCACCACAGAAACACCCACCACAACACCUGCUGGCUGUUUUAUUUGUCAGUGGUCAAACUGGACAAGCAAUAAUUACCCUGACGCUAACCCAGAAGGUGGAGAUUAUGAGACCAUAGACAAAAUUACUGAUCCAGAUCUAAAUACUUGCACUGGAUCUCUGAAAAUAGAAUGUAGAGCAAAACAAUACAAAGACAUACCCUUUGAUGAACUAGAAGAAAAAGCGACAUGCAACACAACACAUGGACUGAUCUGUCAUAACAAAGAACAAGAUACAUUUAGAUGUUCGAACUAUGAAAUACGAGCUGCGUGUUGCAUUAACAUUUGUACUACCACUACAACCCCUGAAACCACCACCACCACAACAACAACCACAGAAACCCCCACUACCACCACAACAGCAACAACAACAACUGAAAAUCCCACAACAACCACAAAAAUGCUCCCCACCACCACCACAACAACAACCACAGAAACCCCCACUACCACCACAACAGCAACAACCACAACAACAGAAACCCCCACUACCACCACAACAGCAACAACAACAACUGAAAAUCCCACAACAACCACAAAAAUGCUCCCCACCACCACCACCACAACAACAACCACAGAAACCCCCACUACCACCACAACAGCAACAACAACAGAAACCCCCACCACCACCACAACAACAACCACAGAAACCCCCACUACCACCACAGAAACACCCACCACCACACCCACCACAACACCUGCUGGCUGUUUUAUUUGUCAGUGGUCAAACUGGACGAGCAAUAAUUACCCUGACGCUAACCAAGAAGGUGGAGAUUAUGAGACCAUAGACAAAAUUACUGAUCCAGAUCUAAAUACUUGCACUGGAUCUCUGAAAAUAGAAUGUAGAGCAAAACAAUACAAAGAUAUACCAUUCGAUGAACUAGAAGAAAAAGCGACAUGCAACACAACACAUGGACUGAUCUGUCAUAACAAAGAACAAGAUACAUUUAGAUGUUCGAACUAUGAAAUACGAGCUGCGUGUUGCAUUAACAUUUGUACUACCACUACAACCCCUGAAACCACCACCACCACCACAACAACAACCACAGAAACCCCCACUACCACCACAACAGCAACAACAACAACAACAGAAACCCCCACUACCACCACAACAGCAACAACAACAACAACAGAAACCCCCACUACCACCACAACAGCAACAACAACUGAAAAUCCCACAACAACCACAAAAAUGCUCCCCACCACCACCACAACAACAACCACAGAAACCCCCACUACCACCACAACAGCAACAACCACAACAACAGAAACCCCCACUACCACCACAACAGCAACAACAACAACUGAAAAUCCCACAACAACCACAAAAAUGCUCACCACCACCACCACCACCACAACAACAACCACAGAAACCCCCACUACCACCACAACAGCAACAACAACAGAAACCCCCACCACCACCACAACAACAACCACAGAAACCCCCACUACCACCACAGAAACACCCACCACCACACCCACCACAACACCUGCUGGCUCUGACGCUAACCAAGAAGGUGGAGAUUAUGAGACCAUAGACAAAAUUACUGAUCCAGAUCUAAAUACUUGCACUGGAUCUCUGAAAAUAGAAUGUAGAGCAAAACAAUACAAAGACAUACCCUUUGAUGAACUAGAAGAAAAAGCGACAUGCAACACAACACAUGGACUGAUCUGUCAUAACAAAGACCAAGAUACAUUUAGAUGUUCGAACUAUGAAAUACGAGCUGCGUGUUGCAUUAACAUUUGUACUACCACUACAACCCGUGAAACCACCACCACCACCACCACCACCACCACAACAACAACCACAGAAACCCCCACUACCACCACAACAGCAACAACUGAAAAUCCCACAACAACCACAAAAAUGCUCCCCACCACCACCACAACAACAACCACAGAAACCCCCACUACCACCACAACAGCAACAACCACAACAACAGAAACCCCCACUACCACCACAACAGCAACAACAACAACUGAAAAUCCCACAACAACCACAAAAAUGCUCCCCACCACCACCACCACCACAACAACAACCACAGAAACCCCCACUACCACCACAACAGCAACAACAACAGAAACCCCCACCACCACCACAACAACAACCACAGAAACCCCCACUACCACCACAGAAACACCCACCACCACACCCACCACAACCAAUAAUUACCCUGACGCUAACCAAGAAGGUGGAGAUUAUGAGACCAUAGACAAAAUUACUGAUCCAGAUCUAAAUACUUGCACUGGAUCUCUGAAAAUAGAAUGUAGAGCAAAACAAUACAAAGAUAUACCAUUCGAUGAACUAGAAGAAAAAGCGACAUGCAACACAACACAUGGACUGAUCUGUCAUAACAAAGACCAAGAUACAUUUAGAUGUUCGAACUAUGAAAUACGAGCUGCGUGUUGCAUUAACAUUUGUACUACCACUACAACCCGUGAAACCACCACCACCACCACAACAACAACCACAGAAACCCCCACUACCACCACACCAACAACAACUGAAAAUCCCACAACAACCACAAAUGCUCCCACCACCACCACAACAACAACCACAGAAACCCCACUACCACCACAACAGCAAAACCACAACAACAGAAACCCCACUACCACCACAACAGCAACAACAACAACUGAAAAUCCCACAACAACCACAAAAAUGCUCACCACCACCACCACAACAACAACCACAGAAACCCCCACUACCACCACAACAGCAACAACAACAGAAACCACCACCACCACAACAACAACCACAGAAACCCCCACUACCACCACAGAAACACCCACCACCACACCCACCACAACACCUGCUGGCUGUUUUAUUUGUCAGUGGUCAAACUGGACGAGCAAUAAUUACCCUGACGCUAACCAAGAAGGUGGAGAUUAUGAGACCAUAGACAAAAUUACUGAUCCAGAUCUAAAUACUUGCACUGGAUCUCUGAAAAUAGAAUGUAGAGCAAAACAAUACAAAGACAUACCCUUUGAUGAACUAGAAGAAAAAGCGACAUGCAACACAACACAUGGACUGAUCUGUCAUAACAAAGACCAAGAUACAUUUAGAUGUUCGAACUAUGAAAUACGAGCUGCGUGUUGCAUUAACAUUUGUACUACCACUACAACCCGUGAAACCACCCACCCACCACCACAACAAACACCCACCACACCCACCACCACACCCACCACAACACCUGCUGGCUGUUUUAUUUGUCAGUGGUCAAACUGGACGAGCAAUAAUUACCCUGACGCUAACCAAGAAGGUGGAGAUUAUGAGACCAUAGACAAAAUUACUGAUCCAGAUCUAAAUACUUGCACUGGAUCUCUGAAAAUAGAAUGUAGAGCAAAACAAUACAAAGAUAUACCAUUCGAUGAACUAGAAGAAAAAGCGACAUGCAACACAACACAUGGACUGAUCUGUCAUAACAAAGAACAAGAUACAUUUAGAUGUUCGAACUAUGAAAUACGAGCUGCGUGUUGCAUUAACAUUUGUACUACCACUACAACCCCUGAAACCACCACCACCACAGCAACAACAACAACCACAGAAACCCCCACUACCACCACAACAGCAACAACAACAACAACAACAACAGAAACCCCCACUACCACCACAACAGCAACAACAACAACAACAACAACAGAAACCCCCACUACCACCACAACAGCAACAACAACAACUGAAAAUCCCACAACAACCACAAAAAUGCUCCCUACCACCACCACAACAACAACCACAGAAACCCCCACUACCACCACAACAGCAACAACCACAACAACAGAAACCCCCACUACCACCACAACAGCAACAACAACAACUGAAAAUCCCACAACAACCACAAAAAUGCUCCCCACCACCACCACCACAACAACAACCACAGAAACCCCCACUACCACCACAACAGCAACAACAACAGAAACCCCCACCACCACCACAACAACAACCACAGAAAAUCCCACAACAACAACUACUACUACUACUACAGAAAAGCCCACAACCACAGAAAAACCCACAACAACCACAGAAAUCCCUAUAGUUACAAAUUCAAAGUUAACAACAACACAAGCAACAAGACCCCAAGAAAAAAUUACUAAUGUGACAAAGACAGUCUCAACAACUAUAGUAAAGUCCACUACAAGAACAACUGAAAAUCCCACAAGCACUACUAAAGAAUCACCCUCCACCACCAAAGCAACAACCACAGAAACCCCCACUACCACCACAACUGCAACAACAACAACUGAAAAUCCCACAACAACCACAGAAACGCCCACCACCGCAACAACAACGACAACUUGCUUUUGCAAGUACACGGAUAAAAUAUUCUCUCCCGGUAGCUUCAUGUAUAAUAAGACUGAAUCUGGCCGGUGCAUCGCUGCUUAUUGCUCGUCGACAUGCAGUGUUGAGGAGAUUGUUAGACCAUGUCCCUCCACUACCACACCAACUCCUACCACCACACCUGUUCCCAGAAUAGACUGUUAUUAUCUCAAUCCACCCAGAAAGGAUGGCGAAUCCUGGAAGCCAGACGACUGCACCACAAAAACAUGUGACAACGGCAGCGUAGUCGAAAGGCGUGUACCAUGUCAGCAACAAAUCAAACCAAAAUGUGAAAAUGGGUUUGAACCAGUUAGGGUCUAUGAUAAAACAGGUUGCUGUUUUCACUAUGAGUGCAAAUGUGUUUGCUAUGGCUGGGGAGAUCCUCAUUAUGUGACCUUUGAUGGCCAAUAUUACAGCUUCCAGAAAAACUGCACAUACGUCCUGGUCAAAGAGAUCAUUCCCAAAUAUAAUUUUAAGAUUCUUAUCGACAAUGAGAACUGCGAUGCCUCUGGAGCUGUGACCUGUACUAAAGCCUUGAUCGUGUAUUACAAAGACUAUGAAAUUAUUCUAACACAGAAGAGAAUCCCAAAGACCGUAAACACGGUGUACAUCAACCGCAAGCAGGUAUUCCCAACCUACUCUAAUGAGGACUUCACCAUCACAAGUACAACAAUUAAGCUGGUUUUGGAAAUCCCAGCAAUUAAAGCAGUUGUGCUAUUCAAAGGGCUUUCAUUCAGCGUUGACUUGCCAUUUUCUCUUUUCCACAACAACACUGAGGGGCAGUGUGGUACCUGCGACAAUAAGACGAAAAAUGACUGCAGAUUACCAAAUGGCCAGAUUCAUCCAUCGUGCUCUGUGAUGGGACAUCACUGGUAUGUGCCUGACAAGAAAAAGCCCUAUUGUGAGAAGCCACCUCCUACACCAAUACCAACAUCAAGACCUACACAAACACCCUGCAAACCUGCUAUCUGUGAAAUUUUGAAGAGCAAGGUGUUUGAGAAAUGCCACAAAGUAAUCCCACCACAACCCUUGUAUGAGGCCUGUAAAUUUGACAUUUGCCACAUGCCAAAUUCCACCAUGGGUUGUUCCAGUCUGGAGGAGUAUGCCACAAUGUGUGCUGAUGCAUCUGUCUGUGUAGCCUGGAGGAAUGCUACGAAAGGACAGUGUGAAUAUAAAUGUCCAGAAAAUAAAGUCUACAAGCCUUGUGGACCAACUGUUGUACCAACUUGCAAUGCAAGAUACAAUGAGAAGUAUGUACAACCAUACCGGGGGAGAAGGCCAACCAGAUCGCAGAUUAUAAUCGUUUUGGUUGAGGGAUGCUUCUGCCCAGAGGGGAUGACUUUGUUCAGUUCAAAGUCUAACAUCUGUGUUGCCUCCUGUUGCACUGGACCUGAUGGCCAACCUAAACAGUCUGGAGAGACUUUGCAGAGUGGAUGUCAGCAGUGUAAUUGUGAUGAGGAUGGUGUUCAGUGUGAGCCUCGCACAUGUCCCACUCAAAAACCUGUUACCUGUACUGAGGAAGGUGAGGUGCUGGUGAACCGCACAGUGGACUGCUGUGAGACACUGACAUGUGAAUGUUAUAAGAGUCGCUGUUCCUUGCCAUCACAGAAGUGUGAUCUGGGAUUUGAGCUGAAGAUCCACUUGUCAAAUGAUCGUUGCUGCCCUACUUACAGCUGUGUACCCAAAGACGUCUGUGUCUUCAAUGAUACUGAGUACAAGCCCAGUAUGGAGUUCUCCAAAAGCCUAUGUGAAAGAUGCCACUGUACUGAUUCUCAGGAUCCUAACAGCAAGUUGAAGAAAAUUACGUGUCAUGAGAUCAAGUGUCUCCUCCAGUGUCCUGAG